UUGUCUGGGGGCCCCACUGCCUGGAGGGGCCCCCCAGAGGCACCUCACGUGACUCCCCAUUGCCCCCUGCCCAGCCCCAAGGCUCCUCAGCCACUUGCCCUGUUCGCCGUCUCUCCAGCUUGUUCUCCUGGCCGGCAAUCGAGGGAGCAGACAAGCUGCAAAGAGCUCCUUUUCUCCCGCCUCUCAGCUGAUCGGCGGUGGGCGGGGCUUCCACGGAGGCCUGGUGUAGGCCUCUGUGAAGCCUGAAUUCCAGUAGGGCCCAAGCCAGCCAGGAAGGAGGAGGCAGCCAGAGUGGCCACCACUGUUCUCUGCAGCAGAAGACCCCCCUGCUGCCAGAUAAGGGGACUGCGGCUGAGAGAGAUCUGCCUGGGACCACUAGUGAGUUUAUGGCAGAGGUGAUUAUUGACACAAAUGGUUACAUCUGCCAAUGUAUGUGGCAGGAGAAGGUCCAGUUCUCAUUUAUCAACCAGCUGUCAGUGUUUUGAGUAAACCAUUUAGCUGUGAAAUCCAAUGCCUUGGCAUGUAAAGGGAUCCCCUGUACUCUGCUGCAGGCCAGGAGAGAAGCCCAAGAGGAGCUGCUUGCUGUUCUUCUUUUUAAAAAUUUUAGCUCAGUGGUAUUGUGUUUCUAAGCAACAGACAAAUGCUUCAUUCUCUUGGUUUCCCUGAGCAAGAGAUUAAACUGUUAAGGCGCAGCUGCACAAGCAAGGAGAAAAUACCAUCAUCUGGACGGAACAUUAACACUACUAAGCUAGAUACAUUUCAGAAACUGCAUCUUUUUAAUACCCAUUGUGUAGAAAGUCUGAGAAAGGUUUGAUUGGUGACAAAUAGUCGAAUACCCACAUUCAUGGAAAGAAAACGCUUGAAAAAAGAAAUUGAAAAACUCCUGGGAGAUUAUGUUGGCAUCAGACUUCGCGAAAAUGAAUUUGACCCACAAGGAAAGAGGCAGACCACCUUUCUAGAUGAUUUAGCUCACUAUGACUUGGCCAUAAAUGUUGCUUUACCAUGGCUCAGUGAUUCAGAAACUCAAACUCCUUUGAAAAAAGAAAAAGUGAAAUUCCCACUACAUCACCGAUAUAUCUAUCCCAACCGAAUUGAGAGAGAAGCUAUGAUUUUAUCAUCUUAUGCUGGGAUGCUAAUGAAUAGUAUUCCUAUUGAAGAUGUCUUUGGGAUUUAUAACACUGGACCUUCUGCAACCCACAGCCAGACCUCUGCAAAAGGCCCCUGGAUUCAUCCUUGUAAUCUCUCACUGCAUCCUUUUGCCAUGUUGACAGCCCCACAAGCUGCAGAACAUGCUUGGAAACAGAGUGCCAAGUUCCACAGGACAGCAGUAAACCGAAUUGCCACCAGCAAUUUAACAAAAAGAAUGAAUGCAGACUAGAAGCAACCACAACUUUUCUUCUCAGUCUGAAACUGGAUUUUCAAGAAAACAGCAGCCUAGAAAGUGUUGUGUCUUUGUGUGGUAGUUUUUUGUUCUUUAUUUCUAUGAAUGAAGUCAAACUCCAAUAACAUGUCUCAUUUGGAAGGCCUGGUUCGACUGAGCUUCUGGUCCUAUGCAGUUCAGCGUGCACAAACCAAUCCUGAACCAGUUCGCUGCAAACCAGACUGGAGGUGGUCUGGUCUUCAAUUGAACCGAGCCCGGUCUGUGGUGGACCAGUUCAGGCUUGAGGGGCUAUGCUUGUAAAGGGGAGUCCAGCAGCGACGAUUCCUCUUUACAAGCAAAGAGGUGGGGGAAUCUUGAACUAGAUGAUACACUGACCAUUUAUCAGUGUUUGUAUUAAUAUUAUCUUGUAAAUAUUAUAUUGUAACUCAGUCCCUAGAAAGUUUUACUCAGAGAACAGACACAGGUUCAGUGUCUGUGCACCUCCCUAGCCUCUGAUCAAGUUUCUGCCCUGGCCUCUGUGCAGACCUCAGUAUCUGACCACUACCUCCCAAAUGCCCUUGGUCUCUUUAUGUGGUAUAUGUGCAGUUUGAUUAAAGUGGCUGUAUAAAGACCAUGAGACAGCAGCUGAGCAGAUCCAAGUCCCUAAUACACCCAGCUGGCCUAUUGUUGGCCUUAUUUCAGUCUAACUGGAAGUUGAAUGUACAGUCUGUUGCUUGGAAUCUUUCCUCUAUCUCAUCUCUGCUGGCAACUCAAGGGAGAAAUCUUGUUGCCUUGCUACAUUUUUAAAAAAAAUUAAUGUUAGCAAGAUACAUUAUUUGUUCAAAAAGAUGUAAUGAACACUCAGCUAGGCCAUCCCUGACUAGGUUUGGCAUGUGGGAAUUUUACACAUUAGCACAAGAGCACUCUUAGACAUCAGUGCUGGCAUUGUUGUAGAUGCCUGCAGCAGGAGAGAACUACCUGUGGUACACUAUUAUUAUUAUUAUUAUUAUUACAUUUAUAUCCCACUCUUCCUCCAAGGAGCCCAGAGCGGUGUACUACGUACUUGAGUUUCUCUUUCACAAUAACCCUAUGAAGUAGGUUAGACUGAGAGAUGCGUGACUGGCCCAGAGUCACCCAGCUAGUUUCAUGGCUGAAUGGGGAUUUGAACUCGGGUCUCCCUGGUCCUAGUCCAGCACUCUAACCACUACACCAUGCUGGCUCACUAUGCAGUAUGUCAGCCGUUGACUUAGUAGAACUGCCACAUUUUAAGGUUGCAAUCUUAAUAUCUGCUGUCAAAUCAAAAGAGACUCUCUUCUUGUCAUGCAUCUUUGUUCCUUUAUUUUGCCACUUAUAAACCUGAUUCGUUUCAUAAUCCAUUUGGAACUUCUGAAAUGUCAUAUUUUUAAGAUUUUCAAAUUGUUUGGUCAUCUCUUUAUCUAAUCCUUCAGCUUUCUCCUGAUAUUUCCAAUCCGUCAAAUGUCUUUUUUGAGUUCCUCCCUCAAUUUCUAUAUUUCUGUGUCACUCCUCCUCCUCAAUAUCUUUCAAUACUUUUUUGACCCUAGGAAUUUUCUUAGCCCUGCAAUAAUAAUUCAAUGCCAGAAUGUGUCUGGAAUUCCACUACUAUAGCGCAAAGUAUUUGAUUUUCACAGACAGAGAGCUGUACCAUAGUCAAGAUUUUAGAUUAGGCUAGAUUGUGGCGGGGGGGGGGCAAGAUCCAGUCUCAAGGGGUUCUCUCUCUCUCUCUCUCUCUCUCUCUUUUUUUAAUUCCUCUUGGCCCUUUAAGGGUUUUAGAUUUUAGCUACCAGUUUUAAUUGCUGUAUAUUAUGUAUGUUUUAAAUUCUAAAUGGCCCUGGGAAUUGUUUGAAAGGCAAUAUUGAAUGUUUUAAAUAAAACGUCUUAGUCACAUCGUGGCUGGAUUACUGCAAUGCACUCUACAUGGAGCUGCCCUUGAAGAAUAUUUGGAAAUGUCCGUUAGUGCAGAAUGCAGCUGCCAGGUUUCUCUCUGGAACUGCUCGUUCAGAGCCCAUUAAAUCUAUUCUGAAAGAGCUGCACUGGUUGCCAAUUUGUUUCCAGAUCCAAAUACAAGUAGUGGUUAUUACCUUUAAAGCCCUUAACAGUUUGGGCCCUGGAUACCUGAAGGACCGCCUACUCCCAAGAGUUUCCUCCUGCCCAACAAGAUUGUCAGAGGGGCCUUUGCUCCAUAUGCUGAUGUUGAGAGAGGCUAGAUUGUCAGGUACAUGGGACAGGGCCUUCUCUGUAGUUGCCCCCAGGCUCUGGAAAGCUCUCCCAGUGAAUGUCCACUCCUUGAAAUCUGUGGCUGUUUUUAAAAAACAACUAAAGACCACUUUAUUUGUUCAGGUUUUUACCCCUUAGAGGCUGCCUGGUCUCUCAACUUUCCUGUUUGUCUUUUAUGAUUUUUACUGUUUCACUGAUUUUAAGGUUUUAGAUGUAACUAGCUGGGCCCUGCCUGCCAUUUGCCUGCCUGCCAUUGUUUUUUCUCCCCCGCACACCGGCUUCUCUCCCCUCACCCUGCUUUUUCCUUUCCCCGCCUGCCCCUCAGCUUCUUCCUUCCCCGCCUUCUUCCUCCCCCCACCCACUGUUUCCUUCUUCCCCAGCCAUCACCCAACUGCUGUCGCCAUGUUGUCGCCUUCGCUGUUAACUGGCACUGCCAUUUUUUUAUCCCUGCCCUUCCCAUGGCUAUCUGGCAGCUCUCCAAACUCUCACGAGAGCUGCUACACAUGGGAUUAGCCAUGGGUACACCUUAGAGAAUUAAAUACAUAGAUCUUAAUGGAAUUGUAUUAUAUUUUAACUUUUGUAAAUGGCCUUGAGAUUCAUUAUGAAAGGUGGUAUAAAAAUUGAACAACAAAUAAAUCUGGCCCACAACAUGGCUCUUGCUUCUAACACAAUCCUUGGAUGAUUUUUUCGUUACUUUCCAGUAGGCUUAUGAGAUCACCAGCUGUGUGUGUGUGUGUGUGUGUGUGUGUGUGUGUGUGUGUGUGUGUGUGUCCCACCACCAAUCAACUUUGCAAUGCCUGAACCAUUAUGAAGCAAAUUGAGUACAGUUGUAGGGAAACCUCCAUGGUGUAGUUUGUGAUGGUGUCAUCUACCCCAAUUCAAGAUGGCAGACAUAAAAUUUUGAGGUGCAAAUGGGCUAACUUGUGAACUGCUUAACCAAUUUGAACCAAAUUUGCUACAGCUGUAGAGACACAAAGGUACGCCUCAAUGCCGUAAUUUGUGAUGAUGUCAUCCACCCUGAUCCAAAAUGGCAGACGUGAACUUUUGAGGCACAAGUGCACCAAGUUGAGGACUGUCUAACCGAUUUGGACCAAAUUUGGUACAGUUGUGGUGAAUUACACACAGGGACACCUCAAUGGUGUAGUUUGUAAUGAUGUCAUUCACCCUGAUCCAAGACAGCGGGUACGUAAACAUUCGAGGUGCAAGAGAUCUAACUUGUGGACCUUGGUUUGAACCAAAUGUAGCCCAGUUGUAGAGUUAGUGAAAGGAAAUUGGGCAGAUUAGUUCUUACUAGAACGACUUGUUUGUUUGUUGUUAGGUUUAUAUACUACCUUUCAUUCAAAUAAUAUCAAGGUGGCUUACAACACGUUGAAAAACAAUACAAUGCAUUUAAACAACAAUACAAAUAUUAAAAUGAUUUUUGAUGUAUUGGUUGUUUCCUCCUUUUGCUGAAGCUUCAAAACCCUCCCCUCCAGUAAGAAUAACAGAGGUUUUCCUCUUCCGCACUUCAAUUGCUUCCUGUUGUCCAUGACCCCAGAUACUGGUAAAAGGAGGUGAAUGCUGAAGGACAUAGGAAGAGGAGGGCGAUGCCAAAGUCUGCACAGUGUUGAAGUGAAACAGAACUGGCAUAUCUUAGCACUUUUUCAUCAUUUUCUUUGGAUCUUUUAAAAAGAGUUUAGUGAUGUCAAAUUUGUGCAUGUCUGUCCCUGUUAAUUAAAGAACUGAAGCUCUGUUGGUGUCUCUGAAUCUGAUUGAGUAUAGGCCUAAGCACUCAAAACAGGAAGGCUGUGCAUGUUUACUUUUCUGUUGGCUGGAUUGAGCUCUGUGUGAUUUAAAGGUAUAUAGGAAGGAUUUAUUGUUCAUAAGUUGCUGUAAAUAGGAAGUUGCUGACACGCCUCAGAUUCUUAUCUUGCUGAGUUAAAAGCUUCAAUAUUUACAUUAUAAAUCUAUCAGUGCAGAUGAUUAUAAAGAGUACAUAGCUACAUUACCUUAUGUACAAGUGUGUAACUACAUUGACUUCCCGUAGUAUUUGAGAAUAACUUUCUAUUCAAUUUUCAAAAUGCUUGAAGAGAGAAAAGUUCUGUAUUGACUAACAAAAAUAAAAUUAGUUCUUCAGUUUA